AUGCCAGAACCCCCCGACGAGUUGGUUCUCAAGAUGAGCCUAUGCAUAGCAUACUAUGGACUCAUUUUACGAUUCAGUGAUAAACAGGAGAGCUUGUUCGCAGAGCGUGCCAACAUUCAGCCAAUAUGGGAGGAUGGCGCGGCUCUGCCUGGGUGGGGAGUUCUGCCCAGCCGGGUCAACAUCCGCAGCGUUCCACAGGAGAUUACUGGGUAUUUUGGAUCCUUUUGGCCUCAACCCGAGGAACACUGGGCGGCUACUCGUGUCUGCGGAAGACACUGGGAUAGUUGGAUGUGCUAUUCUUGGGAAAACCUAUGCGUCGAGCUCCAGCUGCCCACCAAAUACACCGACAACGCGUAA